AUGCCGAUUUGCCUGUUUGAUUUGUUCAGGACUUACGGAUAUUGUAGGGCCUUGGUGGUCAUGGAGUGUCCCAAAGAAGAAGAGAAUUGCAAUCUCACUAAAAACUUACAUCGCGAUAUCGAUUCUCUACGUCAACCGGGGAAUCAUGUGGAUACUGCUCCAGAUGUCGAUGCCAUCGCGGUACCAGUGAAUCAGCCUAUGUCCGGGAGUAACUAUAUCUCUUACUUCCAGGACUUCUGCAUGUUUUCGAAAGUCUUCUUACACUAUCGAUUUACGGUUUACCCUGUUCAUCUGUUCGGAUUUUGGAACAUAUACCCCGAAGCUUUGAAGCGGUAUGAGCAUCUAUCGAAGACAAAGCCAACAAUUAUGCUUGCAGAAAAGAGCACUCAGCCAAAGACUGGAAAGCUUCCUGGAGGCGACAAGCCCACUGGCACGGAUCAAGAUCAGGGAAACUCGGAGGUCCUGACAAAAAGCAGUCUCAAGCCAGCAGCCCAUCAGUACCUUCAGUGGUAUGGACCACAGCCAACUGAGCUCCUGGUCUUGGUGCUGCUUCUCCUACUUCCUUCUGUCAACGCUUUGGACUAUAACGACGACGCAAGUAACAAUCAUAUAUUUGGGGCUCAGAUAGCUUUCGUUCUGUUAGGCAUUGGGCCUUUAUGCAUAGGAAGCUUGCGUAUUGCUUCCGGCUUGCUUCUCCAUUACAUCAGCAUAGUAAUGGGCUUUUUUAAAAAGACUGGGGGUACUGUCGUGGGGGCGUCUAUGGGUCUUUGCAGUGUUAUCUGGAUCAGUUUGCGCAACGAAACUGAUUUCCAAAGAGAAGCUUGCUAGUAGUAAGUAACUAUUGCUCAAGUUGUUGAUUCAUGCGUCAUCUAAUUGCGCUCCAGCGUCUUUUAUUCAUGGGCCUUUCUCACGACGCUG